UAGGUACGUUUCUCCUAUAUGCGGAUGAAGUAUCUCUUCAUCUCUUGGUUAGUAGUAUUUAUCGGCAGCUGGGUUAUGUAUGUUCAGUACUCCACCUACACAGAACUAUGCAGAGGACAUGACUGUAGGAAAAUAAUAUGUGAUAAAUACAAGACCGGAGUUAUUGAUGGGUCAGCAUGUAGCAGUCUUUGUGCUAAAGAAACAUUGUAUUUUGGAAAAUGUUUGUCAACAAAGCCCAAUAACCAGAUGUAUUUAGGAAUCUGGGGAAAUCUGCAAGGUGUUAUAAAAUGCCAGAUGGAAGAAGCUGCUCAACUUGAUUUUGAUACUGACCCAGAACCAAGGAAGGAAAUAGUCCUAUUUGAUAAACCAACAAGAGGAACCACUGUUGAGAAAUUCAAAGAAAUGGUAUAUGGUCUUUUUAAAGCAAAAUUGGGUGAACAAGGAAAUCUUUCAGAACUGGUUAAUCUCAUCCUCUCUUUUGCUGAUGGAAACAAAGAUGGUAGAGUUUCUUUGCCAGAGGCGAAAUCUGCAUGGGCACUUCUGCAGCUAGAUGAGUUUCUGUUAAUGGUGAUCUUGCACGAUAAAGAACAUACUCCCAAGUUGAUGGGGUUUUGUGGGGAUCUCUAUGUGACCGAAAGAGUUGAAUAUACCUCUCUCUAUGGAAUCAGCCUUCCAUGGAUUAUGGAACUUUUCAUUCCUUCUGGCUUCAGAAGAAGCAUGGACCAAUGGUUUACUCCAUCAUGGCCAAGAAAGGCAAAAAUAGCUAUAGGGCUUUUAGAAUUUGUGGAAGAUAUUUUCCAUGGACCUUAUGGAAACUUUCUUAUGUGUGAUACAAGUGCCAAAAACUUGGGAUAUAAUGAUAAAUAUGAUUUGAAAAUGAUGGACAUGAGAAAAAUUGUGCCAGAAAUGAAUUUGAAGGAAAUAAUUAAAGAUCGUCAGUGUGAAACGGAUUUGGACUGUAUUUAUGGCACAGACUGUAGAACUCUGUGUGACCAAAGCAAAAUGAGAUGUACCACGGAAGUAAUUCAGCCAAACUUGGCAAAAGCCUGUCAGCUACUUAAAGACUAUCUGCUUCGUGGUGCUCCUUCUGAUAUCCAUGAAGAACUAGAAAAACAGCUGUACUUGUGUAUUGCCCUUAAAGUUACAGCAAAUCAGAUGGAAAUGGAGCAUUCUUUAAUACUCAAUAACUUAAAAACUUUACUGUGGAAGAAAAUUUCCCAUACAAAUGAUUCUUAGCUUCUCCACCAGCAGAAGAUAAUAUUGAUGCCUGCCACUAAAGGUGGCCUACCACAUUUGAUAAAAACAAUCAUCUGCAGCAUUUUUUAAAGACGUUUCUUUACUCAGAUUUCAUGAACGGCUCUUUAACUCUUGCCCUUCAGUCAGUACCUUAUGACCGGGCUUCUCGAAGAACGAACGUGGCACUGAAUGAUUGGGCAGAGGCCAGAAGCACUUCUGAUGUUCCAGCGCUCUGUUAUGGAAACAAAAACCCCGCAUGCUUGACUGUUCUGUGCACUUUGUCAGCUCUUGAACAGGAUUAAAGUAUUCACUGUGCCACCACAUCAACUGAUGGAACAUCUUACAAUUCUGUGAAAAUCAUUGCUUACUUGUGAAAUACCUGCAAAAGAUUUUUAUCCCAAGUAGUUUUAUGAAGAACCACCACUACUGCAAAUAAUGUGUCUGAGUCCAAGCUGCUGUUGUGAAUAAACUGAACUGUGAAAUUGAAGUUUACUAAUACCUUGGCAUGGCAGAAUUUGCACAUUAGUAAUUUUUAAACUGUGGAAAAUUAGAAUUCUAGAACUGACAGGUUGUAAUAUGAGACUUAAAUCAGAUUCCAUUUACACCUUGUUACCUCAUGCUUACAUCUUGAAUGUUUAAGUAGUUCAACACUUUUUAAUUAAGUCCUUAUACAGUGAACCAUGUUGGGAGCCAAGAAUUUUAGAGUAUGUUAUUUCUUAAAAUCAUGUAUACAGGGUAGCAGCAAUAUCAACAUCUGUUUCAAAAACUGUAAUUACUGUACUUCAGUUGAAACCUUUAACCCAAAUUAAGCUGUAGCAAAUAUUGAGAAGUAAGGAGUUUGUGGACUAAGCUAUUUUACGAGAACUGAAGUAAAUUAAUUUUUAAAAAUACUGAUAGCAGAAAUGUCCCAACAGUUAAAAAAGGAAGCUUGCAUAGUAUAGGAAUCUGCUGUAUGACAUGUGAAACAAGUAAUAGUCGUGGAUAAAGCCUUGACUCUUUACUGUCCCUCCAAAUUUAGCUACAGACUUGUACUUACUUCCUGCAGUAGUUCAAGAGGAUUUAUGUAAGCCAGAGCUAGACCUGAACUGUAGGACAGAAGCUGGAUGGUUCAGGAUCAUGGAAUAUUGCUUAAAUGGGAACCUGUAAGAUAGCAACAGCUAGGAAUGAGGUGGAACAUACGCAAGUGAGCUGUAGCACAUUACUGUUUUAUAGUAGCAUCUGUGAGUCAUUGUUAAGUCUCAAGUCACGAGUAAAUAAACAGCAUCUGAUCCUGGCACUCCACAUGGCAUGGCCACUGUGCCACCUUUCAGCUGCAUACCUGUUCUUUUGCAGAUUUACAUCCACGUUCACAAUUAUGCAGAAUUGGAUGUCCAUAAAGCACCUUAAUAGUGUGCUCAGUACUUAUCUGUUAAUGUUUAAUUUAUAAGUGCUUGAAGUAUGAAGUAGUUCAAUCCUUAAUGAUUUUAAUGGCAAUCAAUCAUCCAUAUACUUCUAAAUCCUGGCCCCUUAAUUCAGUUUCAGCACAGGUAAGAGGGACAAGCUUUUAUUUAAAUAUUUGAAAGGUUGUUAAUUGCUUUAGGUAUCCUGUGUUAAGUGCAUUCCUUGAAUGAUUAAACCGAAGUACAGGAACAACAUAGUCAUUUCUCCAUACCAUCCGUAAUAGUAUGCAGCUUGGGUUAAGAGUGUACUGUUUUGUAAACAUCAGCUUUUUAGUUUAAGAAUUACUAUGCUAAUGCUAAUUAUUGUCUCUAACUUGAUAAUGUCCUCCAAGAGCUAAUAAGUAUUUGUAGCCAGCAAUGCACUCAAAUGUAAAGUGGUCAUGUUCUUGGUGGAAAAAUCUGACUGUACUUGCUCUAGGUUUUGGGCAGAGAAGAUUACUGAAUCCAAAUGAUGUUGGGUAUUUUAAACAACUGGAAAACAUGUUGUACAGAACCUUCAUUUUUAUUGCUGUUGCAUCAAGUUGGAACUUCCAUUGGAAAAAAAACCCCGCACUUUUGUUUACAAUAAAUCACAGGCCUCCUUUUCUCAUUCAAUAGCAGUAUUUACCAUCUAUCAGUAUCUUAAAGCAAAACGUUCCUCCGUGUAGCCUUCUUGCCUCGUGUUUUAACUGUGCAAGCAACUUCUGUAAGUCUAAUGAGAAAGUGCCUAUUAAACUGAGAUGUAAGGGAUAGGGGCAAGUCAAAGCCUCUGUAACUAAGUAUGUAUAUGCAACUUAAAAGUGAAUUAUCUCGUCUUAUCACUAAAUAAUGUGAAGCAUUUAGCUUAAGACAGUACCUGUUUCAGUAGCAGCCAGAGCUUGGAGCUGCGUGAGUGCAAGUGCUUACUUAGUUAGUGGAGGAAACUUAAAUACAUCAGUUAGACGUGUAUUCCUGUAUCAGCUACAGUUAACUCACAGUAGGGAACAUGUUGCCAUUUGUGUUCCUGAAAGCCUAAGGCUGUGUUUCAGCAGAGGCUUUAGAACCUACCGUGACUACUCCUGCUUUUUCCUUAAGCUACAUACAGAUUCCCCCAUAACAUUAAGUAUGCUGAAAGAAAAAUGGUGAAGGACAUGUAAAGCUCUUUUUAAAAAUUUAAAGUCUUUUUGUAGUUAGGAGCAACAAGUUCUUAUAUCUAGUAUUUGAUACUAGUCACACCAAAAAGUAAUCAAAUUGAGUUCCCCUUCUUACAGGAAUAAUUCUAAGGCAGCAGCCUUGGUUUUGAAGUCUGUCACCUCUCUUCUCCUCUGUGAAGGAGUUCAAUUCAUACAGUACUUUGAAGGGGGAAAAGAACCUUAAGGCUACAGAAUAUCUGGAUCAUAAAAAGUAUUCUGCAUCUUUGUAAGAUAUAUUAAUAAGCCAGUCUUACACAGUUGCUUAAUCAAUAAAUUUAUUGCCACUUUUUCCAAAGCUU